AUGAAGCUACUGCGAGACGCCGCCAAAGGCGACCCAUUUAAACUUUUCGAUCUCGCCAAUUCAAUAAACCGCGACAACUACAGCCUGGAUGUCCUGGAUGCCGUUCUGCCUCAUGUGGAAUACGCAAAGCUGCCUCGUACAACUGCUCAAUGCAACUCCGCGGACGGCGAGCGGGUCUUUGGCGUCCUUGCGUGUAUCGCAGCGUCCCUCGAGUACGGUUGCUCCCGAACUCCCUCCCUUCAGGAAGGCACGGUCACGAAACUCGUCGCCAACUUUGACAACAUCUUGGCUUGGAUGAAAUUCGCAAUGGCACGUCUAUCGGUGUCGACUGAAUCCCAGUUUGUCCGCGAGACCCUAUGGAGUAUGGCAACCGUCCUCUAUCAACUCUGUAUGAUCGAUUUCAGAUCGUCCGACUUGCUUAUGGGUUCAAGGGAGGCCGUCAAACUCUUCCUGAAGGCGUGGACCUUUCGCUCCAAGAGCGCUGUAAACGUCUACAGCACCUUAGGUCUUGCAAGAGGGGAGUGUAUACUCACCAAGCUCCUUCAUGUAUACCUCUCCGACAAAGAAGGUCUGGCGACAUUUCUCGAGGUCGUCCUGGCCUUCCCAGGUCGUUUGAAGUUGUUUUGCAACGCGGUAAUAUGUCGGAUCGACCAGCCCCCCGCGCAGGUCGGUGGAUGGAACGAUAUAGUGGACAUUUCCAUGGCAUGUUCGAUGCUGUUGGCCUCCCUUCACUGCCUCCACUGGCAGGGAGUCCGUGUGAUCGUUCGGCAGCUGCGCCUUUCCAAUUAUCUCUCUCGUUCAGUGACAAUGUUGGCCAAUCUACAGCAACGCCUCCCUCUGCACAUCAUCUUGUGCUCCUACCCCAGGCUUUUCUUGCUGACGACGGACCCCCGAGCAGCGGAGGAGAUGCUUGACAGUGGGAUACUCACCCUCCUUGCCGACGCGCUGAUGAAGGUGGAGGAAUCUGCUCUUGAGGAUGCAGGCUGGAGAAUUGUGGAGGACAUGCUGCGGGCUUUUGGAGCGUAUUUGUUCCAUCCUCGUUCUCUCGCUGCACUUCGCAGGGCCUUGGCGGCACUCCCUCAGUCUGUCAUUGACGGACUCCGCCGGCGAGAACGUGUUGGCCCUCUUUGGGAGCAAAUCUACUCCACUCUUCCAUUUAGAGUGGCAGGGCAGCAGGAAGUGGAGAGAAAAGGCCUGAGGUUAUGCGACAACGAUUUGCAUCAUGAAAUAUGGGUCGCCGGAAAUGUCAGAGCGCAGACUGGAAGGCGAGACACAAACAUGAAUGCGAUGUCAUGCGUCACACAUACUAUGAACGCACUGCGACGAACAUACGAUACCGUCAAGCGACUCGCGCGUUUCAUCUUCGGAGUAUCGAAGACCUGUAUUGUCUAA